AUGGAUAUCAAUGCUGACAAUGUGGUAUACUCCGAAAUAGAGGACCUUACAGACAAUACCGAUGAUGAAAAACUAGUAUGGGAUGAUUCUCAUCUUGAAGCUUUCAUCAUCUGUACAGAGGAAGAAGUUCAGGCUGGUAAUCGGAAUAACACAACUUUUACUCCAAAUGGUUGGAAGAAUAUACGAAAAGGCAUGACGGUCCGUACAGGCAAGAACUAUGAACCGAAACAACUUAAGAGCAAAUUCAACCACAUGAGGGUAGACUACAAAGCUUUUAUGAGUUUAUUAGGAGAAACAGGCGCGGGAUACAAUGCUGAGACGGGCAUGGUUAUAGUUGAAAAUGAAAGAUGGACUAGAUUGAUCAAGGUGAAUGCCCAGUAUGGCGAUCAUGAGUUCACUCCUUCUCCUGACCCUCGUGGUAAGAAACCAAGGAGAGAGAGUUUUGCAUCCACAAUGGAUCGUGUCAUAGAGAAAAUGAGUGAGACUUGUAGAGAGAAAACAGAUCGAAUUGAAAGGGCCAUAAUCGCUUCUUCAUCAUCUAAUAUGAAAACAGUUCAUGAAGCUGGGCAGAUAAAUAUUAGGACAAUAAUUGACUUGUAUGAUGAUGGUGAUAAGGAGAAUGAGUGUGUCAUCAUAAUGGCAUUUCAUAAUGAAAGGAAUCGUGUGGUCGCAGAAAGAUUUCAACACUCUAUCUAUACAAUUUCAAAAUACUUCCAUACGGUUUUACAAAAAGCCUGUGAUUUAGGGAAACAGAUUAUUGUCGCUCCAGAUUUUACCCAAGUUCCUAACCAUAUAAGGAAGUCAAAAAAGUACCACCCUUUUUUUAAGGGUUGCGUAAGGGCAAUUGAUGGAACUCAUGUUCAUGCGAACGUGCCUGUAGACCAACAAAUACAAUUUCGUGGUAAGAAGGGGGAUACAACACAAAAUUUAAUGGUUGUUUGUGAUUUUGAUAUAAUGUUCACGUACGUCGUAGCAGGAUGGGAGGGGUCUGCUAAUGAUUCUAAAAUACUGAACAAGAUCAUUAAUAAUGAGGAUUUGCAUUUCCCAAUGCCUCCAGAAGGGAAAUAUUAUUUGGUGGACUCCGGGUAUGCCAAUCAACCGGAUUUCUUGGCUCCCUACAGGGGCCAACGGUACCACUUCCAAGAGUACCGUAGAGCUCAUCGACAACCCCAUGGUAGAGAGAAAAUUUAUAAUCACAGGCACUCGUCAUUACGAAAUAUAAUUGAGCGUUGUUUUAGGAUGCUUAAGAUGAAAUUCCCCAUCUUGAAGCAAAUGCCCCCAUAUAAGUUUGAAGCUCAAGUUGUUAUUGUUUUAGCUUACUGCACACUUCAUAACUUUAUAAGAAAGGAGGCGCAUAUAGAUCCAAUAUUUAAUGAUGCAACUGUGGAGGCAAUGAUAGAUGAAAUUUUUGGAGAUGAUGAAGUUGAUGUUCAACCUAAUGUGUCGCAGUCUCGCUCGCGACCAAUGGAUAUUGUACGCGAUUAUAUUGCUGAUACUAUAUGGAAUGCAAUCAUGUAUAAGAUACAGGGUGACGGGCCACCUUAUGCAUGUGGAAAGGGUCGAAUGAAUCUUUAUACGGCUGGAACUUCUAAAAAUUAUAGACGUUCAUUCUAUAGAUGUCCAGCUUGGGAGUUACAUGAUCGUGCAUUUAUAUGGUUGGAUGACAUGCACCAAUGUCUGCAAGUGGGUGGUCAUGUGCAGGAAGAGUUAGAUGAUGUAAUUGCUAUUAUGCAAGCUCAACAAAAUCGGCAAAACUACAUUAUCUAUGGAUGUUGUUGUUGUCUUACUAUAACUAUAUUCUUACUGUUUUUACUCACGUUGUUGUUGUUUAUUAUUGUGGCUGUUGAGAAAUGA